GAUGGAGGAUGUUUUUCUUUACCGUUUAUUGGCGUGGCUUAGAAGGAAGUAACGCGAUCUGUCUUGCCCCUCCCCGCUGAGGCAAACCUCUAUUUCACCUUGACAAUAAUGCUAUAUUUUCCAACUAUAAGGGUGUCCAGAAGUUGUUUUUUUUCCCCCUGCUCACACCCAGUGUAGUUGGAGGAUCUUGUGAAACAGCUUCUCGCGGUUUCCUAUCGCUUUAUUGAACUGAUGAGUAGGCCUACCAAAGAAACAUCUCACAGCUACAUAGUUCUCAUCGGGCGUAUGUAUGAAUGACUUGACGAGAAGCUCUGAAUACUGCGUGACAAGAACAACCUGUUGACCGGAGCCAAAAUGCUGCCUAGUACAUUCCUUACAGGACCUUUGCGUAUCAUCUUGGUGGGGAUCCUUGGUAUAGGAGGAUUUCUGACGCUGUUUGUAAUGUACUAUCAAUCAGCUCCAUCUCAGAUCUGCCCUCCCCAACCUGCUUUGCCACGUCAUUACGCAAAGCCACCUGAGAACAGCUCCUUGUCUAAGAAGCAGCCAGAGCCAGACAAGCCCAUCAUGCUGUUGUGGUUCUGGCCUGAAAACCGCAGGUUUGAUUUUAGCGAUUGCACCACUUUCUUCAACAUUGAUGGCUGCCAACUGACAGAUGACCGGUCUCUGUACAACAAGGCAGACGGGGUGCUCAUCUUUCACAAAUCCAUCAAACAUGAUUUAUCCAACUUGCCUCCAUCACCUCGACCACCAUUCCAGAAGUGGAUCUGGUAUCAUGUGGAAUCGCCUACAAACACAAUUAGAAUACCUGGUCUAGAGAACCUUUUCAACUUGACCUUGAGUUAUAGGGAAGAUGCAGACAUCCCUGUACGUUGGCGCUUAACUGCAAGGAAAGGCCAGGGUGGGGACUUUGUGCUGCCCAAGAAGGAUAAAUUAGUUUGCUGGAUUGUGAGUAACAAUAACCCUGCAACUGGAACAGCAGUAAGGGAUAACUAUUACAGAGAACUUGUCAAACAUAUUAAGGUGGAUGUCUAUGGAAAAGCCUUUGCAAGAUUCUUGAGAUAUGAGGACUACUACUCAACACUCUCCAGCUGUAAGUUCUACCUCUCCUUUGAGAACUCAGUCCACAGAGACUACAUCACUGAGAAGCUUAACGGACCACUUGCAGCAGGAACAGUGCCAGUAGUAUUGGGCCCACCGAGACAGAACUAUGAGGACUUUGUCCCGGGAGAUUCCUUCAUCCAUGUUAAUGAUUUUCCCAAUGCAAAAGCCCUGGCUGAAUUCCUCCUGAAGUUGGACAAGGAUGAUGAGGCAUAUCUGCGCUACUUUCUGUGGCGUAGAAACUUAUUUGCUCAGCAACAUCUAAUUCAACUGAGUCAAGAGUUCAUCCAAUCUAUUUGUUAUGCCUGUGACCAUGUAGGAAAACAUAAGGAGUACAGGGUUGUGCACAAUAUUUACAAAUGGUAUUUUGGUUAAUCAGACUUACACCCUCUUCUGUGUACAGUGGGACAAAAAAAGUAUUGUCAGCCACCAAUUGUGCAAGUUCUCCCACUUAAAAAGAUGAGGCCUGUAAUUUUCAUCAUAGGUACACUU